AAAUAAACACAAAAUUUGCAAAAUAUUUUUGAAAAAUUUCAAUUCGGAGUCGGUUUUUGAUGCUGUAUUUCUAAUUUCGUCGAGAAAAAAUGAUCAUUCAGACAUAUAGAAUGUAUUUUACUCUUACCGCAGCUGAAACUUUUCACGCAAACGUAUCACAAUAAUAUUCGCUCUGAUUAUUGAUAUUUUGAUACCUGCCGGUUUGCUCUCUAAGAAAAUUUCAUUUCAUUAUCAUUUUACGCGAUGAAAUGAGUCAUUAAUGGUCGGACCAGAGGAAACUUUUUACAAAUUCCAUCCUUACCAUGGCGACCAUAUCGUAUUAUCUGAGAACAACUCGGUCGCCUAUCGCACCGAAGGAUUCGACGACGGUGUUGUCUUCAGUGAAAAACAGCUCCAACCGGGUGAACUAUUUGUCAUCGAAAUUGAACAAAAUCAAAGCCGUCGUCGAGCCAGCUAUCUCAGAUUGGGACUGACACAGCUCAAUCCUACGGAAUGCGCAUCACGUAAAAUAGAAUUACCGAAACAAGCGGUGCCAGAUUUAAUAAUGAGACUGGAAGAGAGUUCGUGGGUCUACGCUCUCGAUGACUUAUUACCGAGAAAAAGAGAGAUCCCGUGGCCGUUCGUAAAAGGAGAAUACAACGUUGAUAUUUCCGAUCAAUAUAUAGAAACAUGUCGCGGAAGAUACUUGAGAUCGAGUCUUAGGAACACUCCUUUUAUUAAAAACACACCGAAAACGAUGCGAAAUGUUGAAGUCGGUUACAAGAUUGGAGUCGUUUACAUUCCUAGUAAUGAUAAUAUUGCCGAUUUAUUUUUUCUAUUCAACGGAGACCUGUUUGGACCAUACGCAUUGGAAAUUCCGUACAAAGAAACUCCGCUCUAUGCUGUCGUCGAUGUUUAUGGCCGAACUCAGAAAGUCAGAAUUUUACAAAUCCAAGCGGAGCCAUCUCUCAAGCAUCUAUGUCGAAUGACAAUUCGUAAAACUUGCGAUAUGAAGCUAUUGAACAAUUACACCUUACCUAAGCCGAUCAAGAACUACUUGAAUUCGUCGUGGAUGCUUUGAAUACGUAUAUUCGUAUACAGAAGUUGACUCAUUUUCAUACGUCGUCGUUGAUUAUUUCAUGUUGAGCGAGUUCAAUUUGUAUAACAACUUCGAAGAUAUCAUUAUUUUUUAAUAUUUUUCAUCUAAUCGCGAAUCUAUUGUAUAAAUAAUCACAAUUUGUUAUAUUUCAGAAUGAAAAUCGUUUACUUUCAACAA